AUGAUGGGUAGAAAGAAGAAGCCAAAAUCAUCUUCAACGGCCGCAGUACAACCUGACCGUCAUGGAAGCGAUCAUCCCAUUGAGCUUGAGGGUAAUCCUGUUCACGAACUUCCCGCGCCUGCGAACCCACGUGCGCGUCCGGUUCACGAACUUUUAGCUUCACGCCCAGUUCAUGAACUUGCAGCUUCCAAUCCGGUUUACGAACUCCCUGGUUCGACUCCACAUUCGGCGCCACUUUCGGGUCCUCCCCUUCAUGCUUACGAACUGCCAGCUUCGGAAUCAAACUUUAGGCCAAAUGUUCGACCUUCAAGAGAUUGUUAA